CUUUCACGCUGUCAGACGGGGUGUAUGUAGGCUCAAGCGAGACUCAUCCAGCCGCGCAAUCUCACACAGAAAGAUAAAGGAAGUCCUACAGUACCUGAAGGAGGGGAGAGUCAGACAGACACACACGUGCAGCCUACAGCAGCAGGACACACACGGACACCGCUCGCGGCCGAUCAGACAUGCUCUCUGACUGACAGGUCGACGCCAACAGGUCGACUGCCCGAUCGAGCCGCGCUGCCGCAGGGAAGCCAGGGCUUGCGUUCAGAAGAAGCCGCCGCACGGCGAUGGCCGACCCAGACCCGGCGCCCCCCGCCGAGCCCCCGCUGCGCUCCCCCCGCGCCCCGCUCUCCCUCUCCUUCCCCUUCCUGAGGGAGGGCAGCCGCAUUUGGGAGAGGAAGCCCCUUCAGCCUGGGGAGCUGCCCAGCCCCCUGCCCACCAAGCGUACCCGCACCUACUCAGCUACGGUACGGGCCACAUCUGGGCCGGUCUUCAAGGGCGUCUGCAAGACCUUCUCCAGGUCGCAGGGUCACGGCUUCAUCCGCCCUUCUCACGGGGGAGAGGACAUCUUCGUCCACAUCUCUGAUAUUGAGGGAGAAUAUGUGCCCAUGGAGGGAGAUGAGAUGACAUACAAGGUGUGUCCCAUUCCACCCAAAAACCUGAAGAUCCAGGCUGUGGAGGUGGUGAUUACUCACCUCAACCCUGGGACCAAGCAUGAAACCUGGUCUGGUCAGAUAAUCAGCUCUUAGGCUUCAGUGCCGGCCUAGU